GUAAGGACCGUCGUUCGGGACUGUAUCCUUGAGAUUCGCGCGACUCGUCAAAAGAACCCCCCUUUUCAAAAAGGACGAGAGACUGAAAGGGAGACUGAAAAAUUUUCAGACCGGACAUUGGUCAGUGAAUGAAAGGCAGUGGGGGGGAAGACUACAAGACAUCACUGGAGUGAGUGUGCUGGCCGAAAUUUACGGAUGGUUCCUUGGAAGAAAGUGAUCAACGGACUGUACAAAGGUUGUGGGGAGACUCCCUCUCGUAUAUACUUAGAUCAAUUGUGAUUCCUUUUGUAACCGAAAAUCAGCUGAUUUUAAUUAGGUGCACGCACGUGCUCUUUUUUAAAAACACAUAAUCCGAGAAGGAAAAGGAUAUGAACAGAAUAGUGGUUGUGUGUGUGCUCGUUGUGUUCGUUUCUCGUUUCGGGGAUUGCAGCUGUUGAGAUGAGAAGUGGGUGGCCUUCAACAAGUUGCUAGUCAUCCGAAAUAUUUUUUUCUGUAAGGACGAAUUAGCGACUUUAAGAUGGUGCUUUAAUGAUUUGAGAAUAGAGAGGGUACGCAUAGUAGUGUGUGCUGAUAGUAGAAAAAGUUUGCAGGAAACUAAUUUAAGGUGUCCUAACGCAGGCCGUCAAUAACAGUUACGCCGCUGGCGGCAUCAACAAAACUCGUAUAGCCACAGAAUAGUACGAGCAGUGGAAUAUAUCACGAAGGAAACGGUUCAAGAAAUCGUCAUCCAGAAGAAAGGCCGAAGGACUAAAAACUAUAGCAUAGCCCCGACACGGUUCUGCCUUUUACAGUGUUCAGACCCUUCAGCACGUACCGGAUACGGAGCCAAGAGUCGUUCAAGAAGGGAAAUCACGCCAAAGUCCUGUCAUCUCAUCGCUGUCGUCUUCGUCGCUGUUGUUGUUAUCGCCCUUCAUCCCCUUCCUCGUCUAUACCUCAAGUCCUUGGCCACAUACUCAUUCCCACUAUCUUAUUCUUAUUUUCAACCUCAUCCUUGCAUCAAUACGCCACCAUCUCCCCGCAGCCGUUCAAAUCAUUUGCACGAAAUAGCCUCUAGCCUGCGAAAGUCCUUUUCAUAAGAAGCACACCGGGGGUGGCAUAUAGAAUCGCGACAGGCAGCCCAACAACAAUCGUGUGUGCUCAAAAAGGAGGGUGGUGGUGUUGAUUCGGUCACCGUCACACAUUCCUCUUUAAACAUAUAUACCUACAUACAUAUUGAAGGAGUCGCGUAUGUUGGCGGCCAGUGAAACGGUAGCGGCGAAUUUGCGAAAGGACGCGACAGUACAAAGGAAAUGUCCCUAAUACGUUGCGGAGGCCGCAAAAACGCUUGGAAGUUGUAACGAGUACCACGAAGAAAAUAGAAGAGGGUCGGCUGCCAGCACGACUGCAGCCAGGUUUUAUUAGAACGUAGUGUCGCGGUGGAUUAUAAACGUGUACAGUCGCUUGGAACGGAGAAAGGAUAAUCAGUGGAUACUCUUACUGGUGCCGCCAUUGCACGUUUCUUCGAAAAUCGGGGUGAGAUUCGAAAGGCAUACCCAAGACUAAUAUCUAUCCAUGCCAACAAGGCCUGCUUGGAGCAAUUGCUCUCCUGAACGCAAAGCACCGAAGAAGGCUGGUGGAAACUCAUAAAGGCUUCCGAAUGGUAACCAUGCAUGUGGAUACUCCGUAACUACAUCUUGGCUAAUUAGUAACUGCCGAUCCCCUUGGUGCCAACGACUCCCGGCACAGGACUUAAACCCGUACCAAGACGAAGAGAACCUUUGACCCAAUCCGAAAUUGUUGGAGCGGAGGCAGCGGCCAAGUGAUUUUCAUCAUCAUCUAAAAUUUCGCAUGUUGGUAGUGUCCAUCUCUCGCGUCGUCGUCGUCCUUGCCCCUUUUCUCGACUCCUUCCCGGCCCCGGUCGUCACAAUCGCCGCCUCAGCAAAGCGACGACCAGUCACGGAAGCAACAACAACAAUAAGGAGCACGGUCAUACAGCCGGACAGCAGCAGCAGCAGCAGCAACCGGGCAGGAGGCUAUAGCAUCGAGUUCGCUAAGCAAGGCCACUACUCAAGGCAUUCACGGCAUCGACGACUUGCUUGGGCAUCGACUUGGACGAUGGCGGCCUCCUUUUGAAGACGACGGACCACAGCAGCAGACAAAAACAGACCAUCGGCCGGACAGGGUAGUCCACGGAGUACACGGGAUUUACGUCGACAUUAGCCAGUCAACAAUCAGAGCAGUCACCGUGUGCAUAAGUUCUUGGGCCGGAGAGAGGGACUAUAGUGUGAUAACCGGACUAGCCUCAACGGGACUUGCGAUAGUACAUAGUGCAUUUGAAUUUCGCGCCAUCGAAAAACAACAAUCGCCCGCGAGCGGCCAGUCGUUGUACAGUAAUCCCGCACGCCAGGGCUAGUACACAUAGGAGGCGUCUCCUCCUCCCGGACUCAUAGCGGCCACGAGUCCUUCCCUCCUCUUGGCUACACUCGACUUCUUCCCUUGGGUUUUUUUUCGCGCCUCAUAUCGUCUUACGUGCUACCUGGCCAUAGUGUGUGUAUGUGACUUGCCGUCUACAUUACCUGCCCCGGCAAGAUCUCAUCAGUGAAGGAUUUAUAGUAUACAUUCAGGACAUCCCGUUAAAGAAGUCGCGACGCGAAUUUACAGUUCAUCAUUUGAGUUCGGGACAUUGACGGUGGUCAUGCCGGUAGUGUUCAGUUCGCGACCGCCAAUUUUUCAACUAAAAUUCAGUCAAGUGUCCACUUCGUUACUUUACAGGUGAUUAAGGUUACCGUAAACGAGUGCAAUAUCGUCGACUUUAGUGAUUUGGGAGCGUGUUUUUUUUCCGCGAAAUUUAUGUUAUCAGGUAGAGAAGUGAUUUUGUUUUAACGGACGAACCUGCAUAGUUCCUGGGAAAUAUUGUGGGAGAGGCACGCAAGGAAUUAUUAAUUUUGAGGAGAAAUUUGCUUUUUUUUUUGGAUCCUUGCGUGCAUAAUGACGAUAGUGAGAAAUUAGCAAAAAGUUCUCAGUUAAUUAACAAUUUGUGAUUUUUGUGAUUUGAAUAAUUUGGAAUAGUGCAGUAAAGCGAAUUUGUGAUAUUCAGACUGUUGAUUGCGGACAGCAUUGAGCGCAACCAGAAAGGACUCCUUGGAUUUUAGUGUUCCAGUCUUCUGGAAUAUUUUUUGAAUAAAUUUUUUCGGCUGAACACGUAUUUUAACAAUCAUUCACCAUUUUCGCCAACGCCAGCAACUACACCAUGACGUCAAAGGGCAAACGGCCUCUUCGUAGCCUUACGCCCAGCGACAAAGUCCAAGCCAUCCAAAGGAUUCACGAUGGCGAAUCGAAAGCAUCGGUUGCCCGUGACAUUGGCGUUCCCGAGUCCACCCUACGGGGUUGGUGUAAAAACGAGGACAAACUACGCUUUAUGUCACGCCAAACCGCACCGGAUAAACUAUCAUCGGAUCUUUCUGAAAAAAUGAUGGAUGGAGCAGCGGCUGCUGCUGCAGCUGCCGCGGCAGUAAAUAUGCUCGCCGGACCACCUGAAAAACGUGCAAAAUUGGAUCCAUCCAGCUUACCAUUGAAUUUCUCCAACAAAAUGAAGUACGAUGACUUAGGCUAUAAAAGGAAUCCUUUGAAUGGACUAGAUUUCACAACGAAUAAGGCAUUAUCCGAUUUAAGCUUCAACGGUCUCGGACAGGAUUAUAGUUCAUAUGGCAAAGCGGAUUUAUCAGCGAUGAAUGGAUCAUCAAAAUCCAAAGGAUAUGGUGCAGAUUUGACCCGUCCAAAUGAUCCAGCUGUGGCUGCAAUUAGCCCAUUGAGCAGCCUCACCCACUUGUCUGGUUUGACAGGAUUAGCCCACAGUCCCUUAGCAAUCAGCUUCAGCGAAUUGACUUCAAACCUGAAUUUGAUUGCUCAGUUGAAUCCUAGUUUGGCUGCCAUGUCUGGACUAAAUGGUUUACAAGCCAAUAACAACAGUUUAAGGAAUUCUAAACCAAAAACAUCACUGAACAGUCCCCGCAAUGAAAACGAAAAGCCUCAAGGUUUAAGUGUCAAAAAUUGGGCCAAGCAGAAAAACAACAAUGACAAUUACGCUAUGAAUUUAGCAGAUUGUAAAUUCAAAGCCAAAACCUCCCCCUCCCCCAAUAUUGUGCCAAUGAACAGGGACCUACCUUUAGACGAUCCGCUACUAUAUUGGCUCAAAUCACAGCAAGCCAUGCUUGGACUGAACAACUUAUAUACACCAAAUCCAAACUCAGCUAGUCCAAUAAGAUCCUCGACACCGCAGCAUCCCGCCCACCACACCACACCACCUCCAAUCUCUUCAACACCACAAACUCCUUCCUCUACUCCUUCCGGAAGUUCUGAUGACACAAAGAACUCGGCAUGGUUUAACUGGUGCAAAGCAUUCGGUGCAAGCCUAAUGACAAAUGAUCGGCAUCCACUAACCCCGCAUAAUAAUCUCAACAACACCAGCAGUAGUAGCAUAGAAGGCAAUGGCAAACCAACCUACGAUAACAUCCUUUACUCCCAACUGACCAAAGAAGCUUCACCAACCACACCAACUUCAGAUAAUCUCAACAAUAACAACGAACACAAUGAUAGUGCCAAUAAACCCGAAGAUCUCUCUGCGAAAAGCACUAUUAAGGAGGAUAAGGAGGACAAAGAGGAUACCAGCGAUGAUGCCAUCAUAAAAAGCGAAUCAGACACCAGCCAUAAUAGCAAGGAGACCAAUGAUGAGACUGCAAACAUCAAUAAGAGCUCGACAACCACCACCGAAAGUACUGAAAGUGACGGAAGCUAUAACGAUUCACUAAACAACAAUAAACAUGAUCUCAAGGAUGAUUUCUGCAAAAGUCAUGAAAUCUGUGAUUCCGUCGAAGCUAUUGAGCAUGGCGAGAAGUUCCUUAAAUGGCUUGAAUCCUAUAGCAAUCCUCGUAUAACCAGCGUUCAAGUUAUGCAGCUGCGAUACCUACUGAAAACUAUCCGAUCCUCCGCAGACCAGGACGACACAAACAGAGUCUCCUCGACAGAAUCGGAUCGCAGCAAGGUUCGACGUCGUAAAUAGGAUCGACCAAAAUUGGCUAUUGCGGCAUCAACCCCGUCACCUAUGGUGUUCCAAAAUAGCCAAAUAACCGACGGUACUAUAGAGGAUAGCGAUAAUGACUACUACUAUUACGAUGAUAUUGAAAACGACAACGAUUUCGACGAUUUUGCUGAAGAUGAGACCGAAUUCGAGGAUACUGAUAUCCAUGAGGUGGACGAGGAUGAGGACGAUGACUACUUCCAUCCCGCGUCCUAUAGUUGUAGCGAUAGCUAUGAUUUCUUUAGUUAAAUGCAUUAACAAGAUGCAAAGAGAGACUUAUUCGCACAACUGUGUAUCCAUUGGCUACCGAAAUACUGUGUAUGUUUUAGAUACAACCAGAAAUCACUCAACAAUUCAAAAAUCAUUCAAUAUUUCCUUCUUCUAGCAUUAAGACAUAGGUUUUUCUCUAUCGCGAAUUCAUUCCUUUGUAAAUACUUAAAAUAAAUUUAGAAUUAAGUAAGAGAAAAAUUAAAUAACAUCUAUAGAAACAGUUGUUCGUUUAGUGAUAAUUAGUUAAAUAUUUAAUGAUAAUAUAAUUUUGCUGCAAGACAGAACAAAGACUUAUGUAAAUGGCAACGUAUUGAAUUCUCGAAAUACCGUUUAAUCAUUCAAAACCCUUCCCACAAAAAGGAUAUAGAAUUUAGUUAAUUUAAUUAUUGUAAAUUUUAGAUGGAGUUAUUUAUAUUACAAAUGGAUUUAUUUUAAACCCAAAGGAAUUAAGCCAUGACUUUCGUUAAUUUUUAUUCAAAUCUGAAUACGCAUUGAAAACAAGCAAUGAAUUUAUCUCUUUCGCAAAUAGAUAUCAUACUGGGACCUUUUUCAUCUCCAACAAAACUUUGAAGGAAAAAAAAUUUAAAAAAAACUUAAACUUGAAUUAAAAAAUGAAAUUCCCUAAGCUCACACAUGUACAAUAGAAACUACUCAGAAAUGGAAGUUUUAUUUGAUUCAUUGAUAAACCAAAAAGUUCUCCACGAGAAUAUCAACAAAAAAAAACGACCCCAAAAAUAAAAGAAAAAAUCUUGAAAAUCACAAACCUUUCAUUAAACUUUCCAACCAGAGAUAAAUACCAUUUUCGAAAAAUCUAUUCGGCAUAUUAAAUUUGUACUGAAAUUUCUAUUUCCUGAGGAAAAGGAUAUCGCAAUGGAAUAUAUGCACACAAUUCAAUAGAAUAUGAAACAAAAAAAUUAUUAAGAAAAUGUGUCCAAAGGUGGUGACAAAAAAGCUCAUUGAAAUUUUUUAGAUAUAAGAGGAAAAAAGAAAUACAAAGAAAAAAACUCUCCACAAUUUCUGAAAUUUGAUAAAAAUUGUAGAUAAAUUCAAUUAAAUCUCAAGUGAAUGGUUAAUAAAGUGUAUAUUAUGUGAAAAAAUUA